AUGGUGACUGAGUCAAUUGAGAACGAUAACAGUAACAGGAUAAGCGGCAAUGUCCAGCAACAAGAGAAAAUGCAGAAUUUGAGGAAUCAAGUGGAUUCUGUUAAAGCGGUGAUAGUGGACAACGUGGAACGAAUUCUGGAACGAGGAGAACGAUUAGACAAUAUCGAGAGAAGAACAGAGCAGUUGAAUGCAACGGUUUGUGUUCAUUUUUAG